AUGCUUCUCACUUUAUGGAAUGAGUUCCAAGAGUAUGAAGGCAAUAUCCUUGUAAACACCAUUGCAACUGCUCCUAUGAUCUUUGCUAUGAGAGUGAAAGUCUCUACUUUCAACAGUUUAUCAUUAACAACAAUAGGACUAUCAUGCAUUCUCAUCAAUCCACCAGUCCAUGACGAAUUGCCACGUCGUGAAUGGUAUAGCAUCCAUAAAGAUGAAGUUAAGAUUUUAUUGGAAGCAAAAGCAUAUAAAGAUCCAGAAUUUCUGCUUCCACCACCAAACCAAGAGGACAUCAAGACCAUUCAUGAUGCUUUAAUCUCAUUCGGAACACAAAAAACAGCAUGGAUAAGCGGUACAGUGCAAUUAUCAUUUGGCCAAACUCGCUUCUGGUACACUGCAUGCUCAAAUUGUUUGAAAACUGUUGAAGCAGAUACAGAUUGGAUCAUAAAAUGUUCAUCAUGCAGACAAGAAGCCGAAGUGGAACUAAGGUGUCGCAUUGGAAUAACACUGACCGAUCCAACUGCAAGCAUUCAAUGCUUAAUAUCUGGAAAAGAAGCUGAAAGACUGAUACAAUUGACUGCUACGGAGGUUAAGGAUGCAGAGGCACAUGGAAUAACAAUGAACCAAGAACUUUCUGCCAUCAUGAAAAAGUACAGGUUGAUCUGUUUUAUCAAAACAUAUGAGACAACUUUUCAAGGACAACUUCAAAGAAGAAAUGCAAUCAUCAAAGCCUACCCAACAGCUGAAGUCCCCAACAUAUCAUUGGCUCUAUUAGAUUCACCAACAACUCUCCAAGCUUCAGAAACUGGAACAACAUCAAACACCAAGCAAAAAAAGGUCGCAGAACAACAAACGUUCACACCAACAGCCAAGUUGCUCCUUCAAGAAAUAGCCGAAUCCACUGCUACUAAAAAAAGCUUCAUCACUAAAUCAACAACUGCUGCAACAACCAGUCACAAACUGCUUGAAGACACUGCUACCUCAGCUUCACCAAAUACCACCCCAAUCGACGAAACUGCUGCCAGCCCAACAAAGAAACCAAAACAGGAAGGAAAAGGGAAUUGAACACUCCCCAACCCGUACUAAAACCUUUUGAUAUUGCUAGAGAAGAGCUUAGCAGGUCUAUCGUGCCUAAAUUGUAGUUUUAGAAUCCAUUGCUCCAAUAUUUUUUGAUAGAGCAAUGCAUUCUAAUACUUAGAAUUACUACACCCUCCCUCACCUGCUAACGACUCCUAUUACCAGAACCAUAAACCUAUAAAGCCUAGGUUCAUGACUUUGUCAGGCUGAAAAUCCAGUAUUAGAAUGCAUUGCUCCAAU